CUCAAGAAUCGGCUCGCUAGGGACGGCACGGACGCUGAUGGCACUCCUGCCCCUGCUAGCGAAGCUGACGAUGGGGCGGCUGAUGAUGGUGAGUUCACCUUGCAUCUUUGAUGCGACAUUGAUGAGGCAAGCGUGGCUCAGUAGUCUGUAUGCCCGCAGACACAGGCACAGACGAAGCUGCUCUCAAGAGGCAAGAGGCCAUGGAGGCUUUGACCAAGAUAGAAAUCAGCUUCGCGGCUCUGCGCGAUCGCCUGUACGUCGAGCGCAUGGAGGAGGUGAACAAGGAAAGCGAAAUGAUCCUCGAUGGUGAGUGACCCGCAUGCAAUGCCCAUCGAGGCCAUCGAGGCCAAGGCACGAGCGCUGACUCUGACGCUGUUGUCUGCUAGGUACUCAUCCCGAG